UUUCCUACCGUCAGGAAUGUGUCGUGAGUUUUGCGCCGGCAAACUUCCUGUCCUAUUUAUUUGCAUCGUUAGCUAGUUAGCUGCAAUGUGUUGCAUUUACUGCUUAUUCCCUUUCAAACGGACUGCUGGAACGGAAAGGUGAACAAUGAAACCAACCCGGCGGCUACGUAAGCUUGCUGUAACACAUUGUUGCAGCGCCUAACAAAGCAAAGGUCAACAUCUUCUCUUAUGUGUGUGAGGGUGACGGCAUGUAGCAUUUUAACCUCACACACACACACACACACACACACACACACCAUUCCAACUGUUGUUUGGAACGAAAACAAGGUUCAAGAGUUGACCGAGUUGCGUUUUCACUGUGCCACAUCAGCUGACACAAUGGUUGCAGAGGGAACAGCAGAGCAAGAGACCGAGAUGGAGCAGAAGGUGCCUGCAGCUCGAGACGCUGGAGGACAUGAAAACGGAGAGCUGGAGAUGGCGGUCUGUACUUUGGAGGAGCCGGCUGCUUCUAAUCAUCUCCCGGAGAAGCCCGAGGAGCCCCGAAAGUGGAUGUGUGCCAUUAUGUUUUUGUGUUUCUAUGGAUUUAUGGCAUCCAUCAAGCCGGGGGAACCCUUCAUUACGCCAUAUCUGCUCAGCACUGAAAAGAACUUUACCAAGCAGCAGGUGACCAAUGAGAUCACACCGGUGCUGACGUACUCCUACAUGGCAGUGCUGGUUCCAACCUUCCUGCUGACCGACCUUCUGCGCUAUAAGCCAGUUCUGGUCAUCCAGGGUAUCAGUCAGGUGGUGAUCUGGCUCAUUCUGCUCUUGGGUACAUCACUCAUUCAGAUGCAAUUCAUGGAAUUCUUCUAUGGCGUGACAAUGGCAUGCCGUGUGGCGUAUUCCUCCUACAUCUUCUCCCUGGUCACCCCUGGGCUCUACCAGCGCGUGGCCAGCUACUCGCGCUCCUCCGUCCUCUUGGGAGUGUUCACCAGCUCCGUGCUGGGACAGCUUUUUAUCUCCGUGGGCAAAAUCACAUACACCACCCUCAGCGCUAUUUCUUUGGGUUUUGUCAGCUUUGGUCUGGUGCUGUCGCUGUGCCUGCCCUGGCCAAAGCGCUCAUUGUUUUUCAACCAGGCGUGGAAUCAGGAGCACAGAGAAGCGGCCGCUCAAGUAGCCACCAAGGCAGAACUGGACAAGAUGAACCCGAAGGAUGGCGGGUUGACCACAGCCCUUGCGCCAUGCUCUGCAUCCCGCUGGAAGGAUUCCAUCUUUGUGCAGAUGCUGAUGGAGUUGAGAACCGUGGUGAAAAGACCCAACCUGCGACUGUGGUCGCUGUGGUGGGUGUUCAACUCCACGGGGUACUACCUGGUGUUGUUCUACGUCCACAUCCUGUGGAGCAACUUCUCCAUAUCCAGUGAGAACAAAAACGUUUACAACGGAGGCGUGGAGGCUGCUUCUACCUUACUGAGCGCUUUGACCGCCUUCACCGCAGGCUUUGUGAAAAUCCGAUGGAAUAUCUGGUCAGAGCUGGUCAUCGCCGUGAUCACGGCCUUGCAAGCUGGGCUGCUGCUGCUCAUGGGCACCACUGACAACCUCUGGGUCUGUUACAUGUCCUACGUCCUUUUCAGAGGCUUCUACCAGUUCCUGGUGCCCAUUGCCACUUUUCAGAUAGCGUCGUCGCUCACCAAGGAGCUCUGUGCCCUGGUGUUUGGCAUCAACACCUUCUUGGGAACCAUCCUGAAGACCAUCAUCAACCUGAUAUUUGCCGACAAGCGGGGCCUGGCUUUGGAUGUCCACAGUCAGUUCCUGGUGUACUUCAUUUACUUCACCGUGCUCACCGUCAUCUACUUCAUAAGCGCUGCCGUCGUUAUCAUCCGUCACUACAGGAACCAAGGCGGAGCCGGCCAGCAAUCUGAGCUGCCCGAGCUGCCCGAGCUCACCAACGUCGCCGCUGAGGCAGAACCUUUAUCCAGCAGCAACAAUGCCAAGACAUAAUAGUCCUCCUCCUCUUAGGAACCUCUGACUCAUUUGAAUGAGCCGUCAUCAUGCCUAAGUGCCUCACCCGCUGGCUGAUACAAGCAUCAGGAGUGAAAAGUUUCACAUUUUUAAAAAUCCAAUGCACUUUUAAUGACACUAAGCAUCAGUGUUGCGGGACCCCCUCGUUCACGAUGGCCAGGAUGAGCUGCUUUUGUGUCUCCAGCGGCAAAGGAAAGAUUCCAGCGUCAUCAUGAGGACACCAUGCUAAACCUUUUUUUUUCUUAGUAUGGAUAAUCACAUUGUAAAUAACUUUAAACGCUUUAAAAUGACUAGUAUGGAUGUCAUGUUGACUCUUGUGAAUAAUUUUAGUUCCAAAUGCAAUGAAACAGAUGGGAUUUGCAUUUGAAGGAAGGAUCUUAAGUUUUAUAGAUUAUUUCCCUUGCGGUACAAAUCCCUCAAUUAGACCAUACGGGACAUUUUUCCAUUUUGGGUGGAGCGGAUGGCUGCUGGAUCAUUAUGGGAAGUAGUGUUACGAAUGUAUGCAAUAGGAACAUUUUGUAGCUUUUGAUAAAAGCGAUUACUUUUUUUUUUUGGAGUAGGAUGAUAUACUUCAUCUGGAAUGUGAAAAUGUACAUUUAUGCUAGAAUAAUGCUGAAAAAGCUGUGAACUUGUCCAAUUGCUGUAAAACAACAAGAUUAACCACAUUUUUUGUUUAAAUUUACAGAAUAAAUUGAUUAACAUGUA